AUGACCAGUGAACAUAGAACAGAGCCAAAUGAUCGUCAUUCUUCGGGCGAGCGGAGGAGUGCCAACGCUCCUGCCCGGCCAGACCCUCGACGACUCGAGUUUGUGAUUACCGGGUUCGGUCCCUUUCGCAACGCUGCCGAGAAUCCUUCUAUGAUUCUCGCCAACGAAAUUGAGAGCUAUCUACAGACACAGGCUCACGUUGACGAGCUGCAUUCUAGCUGCGCAAUUCGGGAAACACUCGUACUGGAAACGUCGGCCGCUGCCGUCCGCGACGAACUUCGGGCACUGCAAGAGCGAUUGGCAGCGGUGGACGUGGACACGGACGUUUGCAUCCUGCAUUUAGGAGUAAAUCUCCGCGGAAAAGAUUUUCAGGUAGAGUCAUGCGCCUACAACGAUGCCGACUUUCGUAUCCCGGAUGAGCGCGGCUUUCAACCGAAGCAUCAAGUCAUCGUCGAGUGUCUACCACUCGGAGCCACGCUGGAAUCUUCUUUAAAUGUGGAUGGACUAGUCGAAAAUUUAAAUGCGACCGCCAAAGGUGACAAAACUGAUUUACCAUGCCCAGACGCUGGAAAGAUUGUCGCGAGUACCGACCCAGGGCGGUUCGUGUGUAAUUACACAUAUUGUUGGAGUCUGAAUAGCUUUGCAUCCGACAUGGCCAGUUGCCGACAAUGCCUCUUCCUUCACGUUCCACCCUUUGAAAAUUGUUUCCAAAAAAGAGCAGCUCAAAGUUUUAGUUCGAAUUCUCAAAGAGCUCUCUAA